AUGUCGACAUCUACUCCGGCGAGCAUUUUCAAGCUCGAGGCCUCCGAGGACCCGCUCCGUGUCUUCCGAGAUGAGUUCGUCAUCCCCACAAAUGCCCAAAUGAAGGCGACAGCUGUCGCGCCCGAACUGGAAAACGAGCCAUGCACAUACUUAUGCGGGAAUUCACUGGGUGUACUGCCGAAACGGUCGAAGCAAUUGGUGGAGGAGGAGCUGCAGGUUUGGGCGACGCGCGGGGUAGAGGGCCAUUUUGACCACCCUCAUGGGCGCGACUGGAUGCACAUUGCGGACUUUGUGCACCCCCUCAUCGCAGAGAUCGUAGGCGCGAGCGAGUCCGAGGUCGCUUGCAUGGGCACUUUGACGGCGAAUCUGAAUUUGAUGAUGAGCACAUUCUAUAAGCCUACCAAGGGGAGGUACAAGAUCCUUUGUGAGGCGAGGGCGUUUCCGUCCGACCAGUAUGCGAUUGCUUCGCAGGUUGUCAGUCACGGUUUUGAUUCCAGCGCUGUGGUCGAGAUGUCGCCUCGCCCGGACGAAUACACCCUCUGCACGUCUGACAUUCUCGACGUCAUUGCGCGCGAAGGCGCCAGCAUCGCGCUCGUGCUCUUCAGCGGGGUGCAGUACUACACCGGACAGGCGUUCGCGAUGGAGACUAUCACGCGCGCAGCUAAGGAACAGGGCUGCGUUUGUGGAUGGGACCUCGCACACGCUGUUGGCAACGUCCCACUGUCCUUGCACGACUGGGAUGUCGACUUCGCUGUUUGGUGUACGUACAAGUACCUCAAUGCAGGGCCAGGGGCGAUCGGAGGCCUCUACGUACAUGAACGAUGGGCAGAUGAGCCUAUCAGAGCUGCGGGAUGGUGGGGACAUGAUCCUGCGACUAGGUUCGACAUGCCUGCUGUCUUCGCGCGUAUCGGAGGAGCACAAGGAUUCCAACAGUCAAAUCCAUCUGUACUCGCAACUGUCUCUGUCCUAGGGUCCCUCGAGGUCUUCAAACGAGCGGGUGGCAUGCAGCCUAUCCGCGCGCGCAGCUUGCGGCUUACAGGGUACCUGGAGGCCUUGCUAUGUGCCUCUCGCUUCUACGUACCAGUGGCACAAGUCAAUGAACUCGAGCAAGCAGCCGGGAAGACUGGCGUCACGAUAAUCACCCCAGCGAAUCCGGAAGAGCGUGGAGCUCAACUCUCGCUCGUGUUCCUACCCACAGGUCGGGGCGUCAUGCCGCGAGUAUUGAAGGAAUUGGCGGAGAGAGGCGUCGUGGGUGACAGCAGGAAACCGGACGUUAUCAGACUUGCGCCUUGCCCGUUGUACAACACAUUCGAGGAUGUAGAGAGGAGCGUGCACAUGUUGGAACAAGCAUUGGAGAGUGUCGAGCGAGAAGGAAUUCGCAAUUGA